AUGAGCGACCCACACUUGCGUCAUGUGCUUCCCUGGCACGAUCUCUUGCAUGCUUUCAAGCAGGGUGAUGGCAGCGAGAUUGUGCUGCCAUCAGGUGCAUGUGGACUCAUUCAUGCCCGCACCGCGGAAGUGCGCCUUCAAGUGCAACAUCGAAAGUAUCUCACUGAGGAGAUGGUUUGCAACGAUCUGAGUUGCUCGACAACAAGUAAGAAGACGUUUUGCAGACCUGCAGGGAAGGGCAAGAAGGAGGUCUUUCGCAUCGGUGAUAGAAGAGACCGCGGUCGAUUGAAAGACCCCAUCGCUGCAGCUCACUCGGUCGAACGCUUCCUGGCUCUCUUCAGCAAGGCCAUGGAAGACUUUGCCGUUCAGGAGAUCGCGAAGUACCCCGCUGAGCGCAUCCGCGGCCACGCCUUGCCUGCGCCGGAGUACCUGGAGGAAACUUUGGUGAAGUUCCACGCAGGCCAAGAGAUCUAUAGACCACAGCAUGACCUUUUUUGGGCACUCUUGAGCGAAACCAACCGCUACGAGUUCUUGGAGACGCCCAGGCCUGAGGCGGAGCCGGACGAUGUGCUGCUUUUGCUGUCUUUGGCGCAAAGGGGGGAGAUUGAUGUCCGGAAUGCCUUUGGAACGACCUAUGGAGGUCAAGCGGUCGGAAAUGGCUUCCGUUUCUUGAUCAUGCACCACAUUCUGCCCUUCUAUCUUUGGUGCAAUGUCAUCAUUGCUUGCGGGUGGCAGAACGAACCCGAACAGUGGGGCCCAUUGGCAUUUCCUGCCGAGCAGUACAACCUCAGGAGACAGAUAAGCGAAGACUGUGAUUUUUUCACCUUCGUUCCCAGUUGGAGGCGGCUGAUCUUGCCAGACCUCCUCUUUAUUGACCUCGACGUGACCAAAGAAGUCCUCAAGCGAUGCUUCCGGUUGAUGUAUCUGACGAGGAUGAUGUGUGCAUGGACACCGGAUGGCUGGGAUGUGCGGAAUGCUUUGGGACCAUGGGCUCCGGAGGACAUGCGGGGUCUUUUCGAGGAUCUUUUUGGGAUCCCUUUUCGUGACGUGGAGGACGCAUAG